UUUCCAGCUUUAAGCUAUUAUUCUCUUGGUUUUUCAUCACCAUGAGACUUUCUCAACUUCCAACUCUUUUGUUGUUCAUUAGUUUAAAUCUGGUUCAUGGGGACAGCAACAAAGCAAAGCAUUAUAUUGUUUACAUGGGGGAACAUUCUCAUCCCAACUCGGAAUUUGUUAUCAAAGCUAACCAUGAAAUGCUUGCUUCAAUUACUGGAAGUUUGGAAGGAGCAAAAGAAGCUGCACUUCACCAUUACAGUAAAAGCUUUAGAGGCUUCUCAGCCAUGCUUACACCAGAACAAGCACAAAGAGUUGCAGAGAACGACGGGGUUGUUUCCGUGUUCAAAAGCAGGACAAAUAAGUUCCAUACAACACAUACAUGGGAUUUUCUAGGAAUAGACUCCAUUCAACAAUAUAAGGAUCAUCCAAUGGAUUCAUCAUCCAAUGUUAUUGUUGGUGUCAUCGAUAGCGGAGUUUGGCCUGAAUCGGAGAGCUUUAGCGAUCAAGGAUUGGGUCCUGUGCCUGAAAAGUUCAAGGGAGAAUGUGAAACCGGAGAAGAGUUUGCAUUGUCUAACUGCAACAGGAAAAUUAUUGGUGCAAGGUACUAUUUCAAAGGGUUUGAAGCAGAAUACGGGUCUCUCGAGUCACAAGGAGGGCCUUUCUUCCGUUCAGCUCGGGACAGCGAUGGUCAUGGAAGCCACACUGCCUCCACCAUUGCUGGAUCAGUUGUAGCAAAUGUCAGCUUAUUUGGCAUGGCCAGGGGCACUGCAAGAGGUGGUGCACCUAGUGCCAGGCUUGCAAUCUAUAAAGCUUGCUGGUUUAAUCUUUGCAGUGAUGCUGAUGUUCUUUUGGCUAUGGAUGAUGCUAUUAGCGACGGUGUCGAUAUCCUUUCUCUUUCCCUCGGCCCUGAUCCUCCACAAAGUAUAUACUUUGAAGAUGCAAUCUCCAUUGGAGCUUUCCAUGCAUUCCAAAAAGGAAUUCUAGUCUCCUGCUCAGCUGGAAAUUCGUUUUUUCCAGGCACUGCAUCGAAUGUUGCUCCUUGGAUCCUCACAGUUGCUGCAAGUUCCGUAGACAGAAUAUUCAACUCAAAUGUAUAUCUUGGUAAUUCAAGAGUUUUGAAGGGUUUCUCUUUAAACCCUCUGAAAAUGGAUGCCUCAUAUGGUUUGGUAGCUGGGAGUGCAGCAGCUGCCAAAGGAGUGUCACCAAUCAAUGCUAGCUUUUGCAAGAACAAUACUCUGGAUGCUACUUUAAUCAAGGGAAAGAUUGUGGCGUGCACAACUGAGGCAGUAACAGAUAAACGAAGAGAGAAAAGCAUAUUUAUAAGACAAGGUGGCGGAGUUGGUAUUAUACUUAUAGAUCCAUUAGCGAAAGACGUUGGGUUCCAGUUUGUGCUCCCAGGUACUCUAAUUGGUCAAGAAGAAGCAGUGCUGCUACAAGAGUACAUGAAAACGGAAAAGAAUCCGGUAGCCAAAAUAUACCCGACGAUAACGGUUUUAAACACUAGAGCUGCACCAGCAGUGGCUGGAUUUUCUUCCAUGGGACCAAAUGUUAUAACUCCAGAAAUCAUCAAACCAGAUAUUACGGGACCUGGACUGAACAUUCUGGCAGCAUGGUCUCCCGUAGCAAUUGUAGACACCGCGGAACGCUCGGUCAACUAUAACAUUAUCUCUGGAACCUCGAUGUCUUGUCCUCAUAUUUCUGCGGUUGCUGCAAUAAUAAAAUCAAUCAAACCUUCAUGGAGUCCGGCAGCCAUAAAGUCCGCAAUAAUGACAACAGCUACUGUCCUUGAUAACACCAAACACCUCAUUGGAAGACAACCAUUUGGAAACGAGACCACACCAUUCGACUACGGAUCUGGACACGUAAAUCCGACCGCGGCACUUGAACCUGGUCUGAUUUAUGACUAUGAUUCGACCGACCUCAUCGGUUUUCUUUGCAGUAUGGGUGCAAGCCCUGCACAAAUGAAGAACCUCACUGGCCAACUAACCUAUUGCCAAAAACCUCUUGUACCAUCCUAUGAUUUAAACUACCCUUCAAUUGGUGUGUCCAACAUGAACGGAAGUUUAUCUGUUCAUCGAACAGUUACAUAUUACGGUAACGACGCCACGGUUUAUCAUGCAUAUAUAGAUCAUCCAGUUGGUGUUAAAGUUAAAGUCACGCCUUCAAAGCUUUGCUUUACGAAGACUGGAGUGAAGAUGUCUUUCAGGGUUGAUUUGAUGCCCUAUGAGAAGAGCAACGGAAGCUUUGUGUUUGGGGCUUUGACAUGGAGCAAUGGCAUUCACAAAGUCAGAAGUCCUAUUGGUCUCAGUGUGCUCUCUGUUUAAAACAACAAACUGUUUACUGCAUCUUUGAAU